GAACAGCAGGCCAAUCUCCCGCUUGAAUACUCCUCCCAGGUCUCUGCUUCCACUCUGCGACCCCCACGCCACCCCUCCGGCCUCCCUCCCCUUAACGUGCGCGCUCCACAGCAAAUCGUGCGUCUUCCGCCAUGGGCUCCCACGAACGCCGGCGGCACGACGCCCCGCAUGUGGCGCUCCUCGCCUUCCCCUUUGGCACCCACGCUGCCCCGCUCUACUCCCUCGCCCGGGCCCUCGCCGCCGCCGCCCCCGGCGCGGCCUUCUCCUUCCUCAACUCUGCCCGGUCCAAUGCCUCCCUCGCUCGCUCCGCCGCAGCCGCGGGCCAGGCCCCGGACAACCUCCGGGUCUACGAUGUCACCGACGGGUGCCCGACGGGCUACGAGCUCCCCGCCGACGACCCGGAGGAGAAGGUGCGGCUGUUCCUGGGGGUGACGCCGGGGAACUUCCUGGUGGCAAUGGCGGCGGCGGAGGAUGGCGGAGGACGGAAGGUGAGCUGCUUGGUGAGCGACGCGUUCCUUUGGAUCGCGGGGAAGAUGGCGGAGGAGAUGGGGGUGCCGUGGGUCCCUCUCUGGACUGGAGGGCCCGCAAGCCUCGCGGCCCACCUCCACACCGAUCUCCUCCGCCUGACGAUCGGAGCAGGAAAGCAAGCUAUCCCUGCCCGGGCGGACCAACACCUAAACUUCGUCCCUGGCCUCUCCUACCUGCGGGUUCGAGACCUCCCAGAAGGCGUCGUCUUCGGCAACCUCAACUCCGAAUUCUCCCGCCUCCUCCACAGAAUGGCCGACGAGCUUCCCCGCGCUGCUGCUGUUGCUCUCAACACCUUCGCUGGCCUCGACCCCGCCCUUGACGCCGAGUUCUCGGCCCAGUUCAACACCUCCCUCCCGGUGGGUCCCCUCAACCUCGUCGCCCCCAUCCCAGCCGGACCGGACCGCCACGCCUGCCUCCCCUGGCUCGACAGCCAGGCCCCCGCCUCCGUGGCCUACGUCAGCUUUGGCACCGUCAUAUCUCCGCCGCCGGCGGAACUGGCGGAGCUGGCAGCUGGCCUCGAGGCCAGCGGCGCGCCCUUCCUCUGGUCCUUGAAGGACGAGUGGAGGGCGCGUCUCCCGGCGGGGUUCCUGGACCGGACUGGCUCUCGAGGGCUCGUGGUGCCGUGGGUCCCGCAGGUGGACGUAUUGGGACACGUGGCAUCCGGGGCGUUCGUGACGCACUGCGGGUGGAACUCCGUGGUGGAGAGCCUCGCAGGCGGCGUGCCUAUGGUGUGCCGGCCAUUCCUCGGGGACCAGCGGAUCAACGCCCGCGUGGUGUCGCAAGUGUGGGAGGUUGGGGUCGGGUUCGAGGGGGGUGCUCUCACGUGCGGCGGGGUGAAGGAGGCUUUGGACCUGGUUCUGAGGACGGAGGAAGGGAAGAGAAUGAGGGAGCGAGCGGGCGAGCUGAGAAAGAAGGCGGUUCGGGCAGUCGGACCGGGUGGCAGCUCGGUCCAGAAUUUCAAGGCUCUCGUAGGGAUUGUCACGGGCAAUUAAAAGUGCUUGUUUCGGUGACUGCCAAGUGCUCUUUUAAUUUAUUCUCGCAUGGUGGGGUUAUUCCUUUUUUUUCACGUCUGGUGGUUUAGAAGUUGAUGGAUGACUCAAUAAAUCUUCACUUAAAAUA